AUGACAGAUCACAUUGGUACAUUCCCCGAGCUCAAGGGCAAGGUUGCCCUCGUCACUGGCAUUGGCCAAAUGGGCGAUCCUCAAAUGUGGGGAAAUGGUGCUGCAACAGCACGAGUGUUAAGUCGCAACGGUGCCAAAAUAUUUGGUUGCGAUCUACAACUCGAGUCUGCCUUGCACACUAAAAAGCGUCUUGAGGCCGAGGGCGGCGUGUGUGAGGUAACAACAGCGAAUGUUACAUCUUCUGAAGAUGUGAAGCGCAUGGUCGAGGUGUGUGUCGCGAAGUUUGGUCGUAUCGAUAUCCUGAUCAACAAUGUUGGCCGCUCAGAGCCAGGUGGGCCUGCCGAGAUGACAGAGAAAGUCUGGGAUGCCCAGACUGAUAUAAAUCUGAAAUCUGUCUAUCUUUCCUGCCACGAAGUCCUCCCGAUCAUGGAAAAGCAGGGCGGUGGUGCCAUUGUUAAUGUGGCCUCGAUUGCCGGAAUUCGUUAUAUUGGCAAACCCCAGGUUGCAUACUCCGCCGCCAAGUCCGCUGUUAUCCAGUUCACCAAAGCUACCGCUGUCAUCUACGCUAAUCGUAACAUUCGGCUUAACGUGGUUGUGCCAGGGCUGAUGCACACGCCAUUGGUCAGUUAUCUUGCAGACAAGUACGCAGGUGGGGAUCUAGAAGGAUUCAUCGCGAAAAGGAACAAGGCAGUGCCAAUGGGUCGCAUGGGUGACUCCUUCGACGUUGCUAACUGUGCUGCUUUCCUGCUCUCGGACUCUGCUCGCUACAUCACCGGGCAGAAGAUUGUUGUUGAUGGAGGUAUUACCUCUUCUACUGGUUGA